GGUUCCCGGAAAAAAUUGCUAACCGGAAGGGAAGGCCAGAGCUCAAGAAGAAGAAGAAGAAGAAGAAGAAGACAGCUGCCGCUGAUGAGACCAGCAAAAGAAGAAAAAGUAUUCUCCCACUGGUGAGGUCUCUUCUUCCUCUGGCUCAUCUACCUGACCUGAACUUGGCCCCCGUCUAGCUCAGCCUCAACCCCCAGCCCUCACCAGCCCCUGCACCAAGCCCAAGCCUAAAGUCAACCAGACUUCUCCCAGCUUUUCUUCUUCUUCUUUCUCCCGGUUUUUAACACUGCGUUAUGGCAGGGCGAGGCGGACCAGCGCGGACCAACGGCACUGCAGCAAGCAACAAGAUCUGCCAGUUUAAGCUAGUGCUGUUGGGGGAAUCAGCAGUGGGAAAGUCCAGCUUGGUACUGCGCUUUGUCAAAGGCCAGUUCCAUGAGUACCAGGAGAGCACCAUCGGCGCUGCCUUCCUCACACAGACGGUAUGUUUGGAUGACACAACAGUCAAGUUUGAGAUCUGGGACACUGCAGGACAGGAACGGUAUCACAGCUUGGCACCUAUGUACUACAGGGGAGCCCAGGCCGCCAUCGUGGUCUACGAUAUCACCAACACAGAUACAUUCACACGUGCAAAGAACUGGGUGAAGGAGCUCCAGCGACAAGCCAGCCCCAAUAUUGUUAUUGCACUGGCAGGGAACAAAGCAGACCUGGCCAACAAGAGAGCUGUAGAUUUCCAGGAAGCACAAGCAUAUGCAGAUGACAACAGUUUGCUCUUCAUGGAGACUUCAGCCAAGACUGCGAUGAAUGUCAAUGAGAUCUUUAUGGCUAUAGCCAAGAAGCUGCCUAAGAAUGAGCCUCAGGGUGGAGCAGGCACUAGUGGACGAGCCAGAGGCGGCGUGGACCUGCAGGAAGCUGCACCACAUGGCAGAAGUGGCCAGUGCUGUGGGGGUGGGAACUAACCAACACGAGUCAGCUGGUCCAACCAAUCUACAGCUUUGAUCAACCAGACCAGAUAUUAGCCAGCUGUCAAACAAUGUCCCAUUGGUCAAACCAAACCAUGGUCCGACCAACUACCCUAUCAGCACCAAUCAACUGUUUGGCAAAUGAAUCCACUGGCCAGUAAAUGCCAGACCCCACUGAUGGUUUCUGACCGAUGAACCGACCAACAGACCAAGAAAUCGACCCACAGGCUUAUUUACAGAAUCAUGUUUUAACCCCAGGAUUUGCCAAUCCAUGACCUCUGUAUUGAUGAUGGACACUCGACGUCACAUUAGGGGAAAGAAACAUCCCACCCUUGGAAGAAGGAAAAAAAAAAAUGUCAGUCAUUACCAAUUGCACUUAAUAGGGCCAUCUUGCUCACCUUUGUUUCUGUAUUUGUGUAGAGGAAAAAAAAAUAACGCAACAGGAAGGAA